AUGACGUCCGCAGAAGGCGUCGGGGCCGGCCAGUCCGCGUCCGAGACUAGUGGUUCUCAGCAACAGCAACAACGGCAACCAUGCCCGAAUGGAUUCGAUCCAUUUCGGGAUGCACGAGAGAUUGUGCGUUUGGUGCAGUGCAGCAUCUGUUCACUGCCCCUCCGUCAUCCCAUGGCGUUGCCGUGUGGAAAUAUCGCCUGUCGGGGCUGUCUGCCAGAAGCUUAUGUCCGCCGUGGUGUGAGCUAUCCGGAUCUGCCGGAGAGGAAGCUGGGAUUCAUUUGUCCGGCUGUCGGGGAUUGUCGGAAGGAACAUGCGUUGGCGGAUUGCGGCGUGGACGUGACGCUCGCGAAGGUUGUCGAGCAUUUCAACAGUGUGCUGGCAAGUGGGAAGAUGGGCUCCGACGACUCCUCCCAGGAGAAGCGGUUCGGUCGAUUACGAUCGCUCUAUGUCUUGGCGAAGGACGGCCGAUUGGCUUACGACGAGGAGAUCGAGUUCGACGAGGAGAAGGAAGGUGAUGGAACGGAUCACCAGCUCCUCGCGGCUAUCAAGGAGGCCGCUUGCUCUGAGAUGGAGUGCCAAGUCUGUUACGCUCUGCUGGUGGACCCGGUUACGACGCAAUGUGGCCAUACGUUCUGUCGGCAAUGCAUACAGAAAGUCCUAGCCCAUUCGCUACAUUGUCCGUCUUGCCGUACGAAAUUACAACUGCCGUCACAUAUACCGGCAAAGUCCAGCAACAAAAGACUUACCGAGAUCCUUGUCGUUCUAUGUCCGGGCGAGCUGGCUGAUAGAGCCACCAGCAACACCACGGCUGAACCUCAAGACGAGGCGGACGACCUUACGACCCCAAUAUUCGUUUGCGCCAGUUCCUUCCCUUCAAUGCCGACACCGUUGUUCAUAUUCGAGGCUCGGUAUCGGUUGAUGAUCCAACGGGCGUGGGAAGGGGACAAACUGUUCGGAAUGGUGCUUCCGAACUUCGUUAGCAACGGGGUAGGAGACGCGGAGGGGACUCCAUUCAUGGAGUAUGGAACGAUGCUCCAAAUUGAAUCCAUCCAAGUUUAUGCCGACGGUCGCAGCCAUAUUUGGACGGUCGGCGUAUCGAAGUUCAAAAUCAGGAAGUGGGGUUACCGCGAUGAUUACCUCAUCGCCAAAGUGGAACGAGUUGACGACUUUCCUCUGGCGGACGAGGAAGCGUUCGAACAGUCGUGCCUAGGCGUGAACCUGGGACAUCCGCAUUCCUCUCCCCUAGCUCCUGGCCAAACCACCAUGGACGCCUUCCGGAUCUGCGCCGACUUCUGUGAUCGCAUGAUAUCGAUAAAUUCGCCGUGGGCGUCCCCGAAUGUCCUGCUCACCUUCGGUCUUCGACCGGAAGACCCCACCCUGCUUCCCUACUGGGUCGCAUCCAUUCUCCCCAUCGUCGAUCAAGAAAAGUACCGCCUCAUCUGCUCCCAGAGCGUCCGAGAACGGCUGUUCAUCACCGUCCAAUGGAUCAACAACAUAGAACGAAUCAGGUGGUGGGUUUAA